CGUCGCCCCGCGCGCACCGGCUGCCCGCACGCACGAAGCAUGGAGGACUCUGCAGACCCGUGGACCGACGAGCUCGGCGCGUUCGAGGUCGAGGUCGACGACUCGGCCGCCGUCGCUCGCGCCGAGCGCAUCGCCGCCGCUCGACAGGCGGGCAAGGGCUACCAGGCCAAGUUUGACGAGCCAGGCUGGUUCAACGACCCGGCUGAGGCGUCUCGCUCCAAGGGCGCCGCUCGUCCGGCCCUCUAUGCGCUCCACCAGGCCUACUUCGAGGCGCGCUUCGAGGCCGUCGUCGACCGUGGGCUCGAGCUGCUCGGCCCGGGCAUCAAGGAGGAGAACGAGGUGCUCGACCUCGUCAUGCGCGCCGCGCUCCGGUGCGGCAAGGAGACGGACGACGCCGUCCUCGACCUCGCACGGCGGUGGAGGGAAUUCCCCAACCUCCCCUCGCACUCGCUCAUCUCGGCGCGCGUCCUCGCCGCCUCGUCGUCCCUGCGCCCUGCUCCCACCUCCCUCGACGUCCCCACACCCCUCACCGACGCCGACGCCCCCAUUCCCGCGCGCGAGGUCCUUGCCGCCGCGCUCGCCGCCCUCCGCAUGCACCCCUCGCUCCCCCUCCCUCGCGCCUUCCUGCGCUCCCUCCUCGCCGCACCGCACCCGACCCUCGCCGCCGCCAUCAAGCCCUCGCGCGCCGAGCGCCCGCCCGCCGCGCCCGCACCCGCACCCGCAGCGGCGCCGGCGCCGGCGCCAUUCGACGAGCCAGCCCUCGAGGCCGAGCUGCAGCGCGUCGACGUCGGCGACGCCGAGCGCGACAUCCUGCGGCGCGUGCUCGGGCUCGGUGAGGGCGGUGCGGGUGCGGCGGAGGACGACGACGACGACGAGGUCGAGCGGGCGGCGGCAGGGAGGGACGUGAGGAGCCUGUGAGGCGGGCCAUUGGGCGCCGCUGGGUCGCGGUCGGUCGAGCGGCGGCACGGGGGCGCAGCGGGUACCGGUCCAUGAGCAGUUGGCGGGUUUUUGGUUGCCGAGGGCACGCUUGCGCAGCUAGGGCGCAGGACGCCCCGGCUCGCGAGCGAGCGAGCGAGCGAGCGAGCCAGGGCCGCCGCCGCCGCGCGCGCGAUGGAGCGCUCGAGGCACGGACCUGCUCGGCUCGGCGGCGUGUCGAGCGGGACGGUGCCGCUGCGAGGCGAGCUGUCGGGACGUCGAGCGAGGGCGUGUGCGGUGGAUGGUGCGUGUGCGGUGGCGAGGGUCGGUAGCUCCGAGGCGACAGCCUUGCUCGUGGAGACGGCGUGGGGGAAGGUUCAAGGGGAAGGGGCGCCGGGCGAGGGAAGCGCAGCCGGCGCAAAGGUCGUUGACGGCUCGUAGCUGGCGCCGGGAAAGCCUGCGUGCAUCCCCUGUCGAGCGUGG